CUUGUCUCCUCUUUACCAGGAACGCUACAGACAGGACUGUAACCUCGCCGUGCAGCUGCUCAAAUGCAACAAGUCUCACUUCAGGAACCACAAGUUUGCAGAUUUACCAUACAAGCUUCAGGACAUGGUCAGUAAGCAUCUCCAGAACUCAGCCUCUUCUCCCGUCUCCGGUCAGGACACCCCCCCUCCUGGUCUGUCCUAUUCGGAUGUGGUGCCCACCUCCAUCAUUGCUCGUGUUCUGGAGAAGCCAGAAUCCCUUAUUCUUAACUCUGCGAUGUCCAGCAGCGGCAGUGGCCCCACAGCAGAGGACGUCUUUGUGCAUGUAGACAUGAGUGGGUCUGGUCAGCAACAGAAUGGUGUCCUCCAGAAGCAAGGCAGUGUAGACAGUGCCACCGAAGAUCCACCAACCUUUGAAAAACUCAGUCCUUACCCAACUCCUCCACCUCCGCACCCUCUGUACCCAGGACGCAAGGUUAUCGAGUUCUCUGAUGAGAAGGUGCGGAUCCCCAAAAACAGUCCACUGCCCAACUGUACCUAUGCCACGAGGCAAGCCAUCUCACUCAGCUUGGUGCAGGGUGAGGAGGGGAGCCCUGACAGGCACCGCACUGUCCCAAAUAGCCCAGCAUCAUCAGGCGGCUACCCCCAGCGGGCACGAAGUGCUGACAAUCCUGCACGAUCUCCAUUAAGUAGUGCAGCCCCCAGCUCUGCCAGCUCAGAGGAGGACAUGCUGGCUAACUGGCAGAGGAUGUUUGUUGAUAAGGCGGCACCCAGUUCUGAGGGCUCUUUGGCCCAUCGCACGUCCUUCUGUCGGGACACGGCCCUGGAGCUGCAGCAGAGGUUCAGUCGCUCCAUGCAAGAACUGAGCCGUGCGGCACAGGCUUUCUCUGAGCAGGAAACCUCUGGGAACAGCUGGAUGAGCAGCCGGGAGUCCAGCUCCGAGAAGGAGAACAGCGGCACAAAGAGGGGGCAACUCCCCAAUGAGUACGGCAGACAAUUCUCCAAGGAAGAGGCCCAGGACCUUCUGUCUGGAGCCGCAGACGAGGAGGAGGAUGACCUGCUGGAGCCACCGCCAUCUCUGCCCGAAGACAUUGAGGAGGAGCAGGAACUGGAAGAUCAUAUUCUUGAGCCUCACGUAGAGCAGGAAGGCACAGAGAUGUUCAAGGAGAAACCUCCCAGUGGCCGCCCGCACCGAAGCCCCAAGCGAAUGGGAGUGCACCAUCUGCACCGGAAGGACAGCCUGACCCGGGCACAGGAACAGGGCAACUUACUGAACUAGCCCGGGAAGUCUAUGGGCUGCGGCCAUUACCUUACAGUAUAUCCAGAUACCCAGGCCCAGCCAUGACGGUUGUGCACUACAGGAGGUGGGUUACCCAGCGCAGAGGGGGAUGGGUAAAGCACAUGAAUGGCAGGCGGGAGUCAGGGGGAUGGGUGCGGAGAGGGCGGUCACAUUUGGGGUCUCCUGAGGGCGGCAUCGUCCCUCUUCUCGGCCAUGUCUUGGUUGGAGCUGACGGCGCCGGGUAACCCACCUCUGCCGGAUUUCCAGAGCUCUGGUGCUGGCGUUUGAUCGUUCUCUGGUGUUUGUUGACUGUUUCCCGCUUGUCGCUCUGUACCCCUCCCCCGCUUGUGGUCUGUGUGAUCCGUUUUCCUCCUGUCUGUGUGGUGGUACAGUCCUGUGUCUCGCUCAGGGCGUGGCCUCACAUGUGGGCGCCUCCGUCUUGUCUCUGUGCUCAUGUCAGACUCGUCAUCCAUCGGUCACGUCUGUAUAUAGACGCACAUAUAUAUAUAUUUUUGUAUCUGGCGGCACAGUAUUCCUCCUUCCUGCGUGUCUGGCGCCUCCCGUCCUCCGGAUCUCAGACUGUUAAACCCGCGUAGAUUUAUUUUCUGACAUUUUUCAAAGCUGAUGUCUAUUUUCCAAUGAGAAUAAACUAUUUUAAAUGAA